UAGGAAAACAUGACUGUAAUCAUGGUAAAGAUGCUGGUGUUGUUUGUUCAGGUGAGCUGAAGAUGCCGACCUUUUCCCUGACCUCCACACAUGCAGCUGUUUCUCCUGGAGAAAAUAUCCAGUUCAGUUGCACAACACCUAAACCAAGAUGCAAGGCUAAUGCUGAAUUCCAGCUCUUCAGAAACGGAUCAUCUGUAUCCUCCAAAAAACAUGAAUCUAGUGUGAAUUUCAGCUUUGUUAAUGUAGACGUCUCACAUGAGGGCAGCUACAGCUGUCGUUACUCCUACCAAAACAACAUCAAGUCACCUUUGAGCAACACUGUAUUCAUCACUGUGGUGAACUUGCAGCAGCCCAGUAUUUCCCAAAGUGCACCUGAUGGAGGGUUUCACGUGGGGCCUCAGGGGCCAGUGAUCACCAGGAGCCACGGUUUCACUAUCAUCUGUUCAACUCAAUCUCAGUUUCCUGGAGGAUCUUUUCACCUGUUCAGAGGAUCAAGCAUCACCAGGACUGAGUCAGCUGUCAGUCGCUCUGCUUCCUUCUUCUUUCCUGAGGCAGAUUUUUCACACGAGGGAAACUACAGUUGUGUUUAUGAAGUCAUUGUCUCCUCACGCUCCUUCCGUUCAUCUGCCUCCGAACUGCUGCUUAUCACUAUUAUAGUGAACUUGCAGCAGCCCCAGUAUUUCCACAGUGCUCCUGAAUGGAUGGGUUGAUGAGGGGCCUCAGGGGCC